UUGCUAGGGAAAAUCCAAUCAAUUAUCGCCCAAGGGGGGAAAAUUCGUAGAGAAAACUAAAGGCCCAGGGAAAUGGGAAACAAGCUGCGCCGCCAACCACAAAGAGUUGAAGUCGACGAGGAGGUGAGACCCGAGCGCCCCCACAAGAAGCCGACCACGUCCUGGCCCUUCUGGCGCCUGGUCUACUGGCUGGGCGUCCUCCUCAUGGUCAUCGGCAUCGGUGUGGGCAUGUACUUCACCCUGAAGUCGGACUUCGGGGAGUGCUCCUCCUACGACGUCCGCUGCGAUUGAGUGCUCCUGGCGAUACAGAAACUUCCACGGAAAUGGCGAAGUUCAUUAGCCAUCGAACUUCCACUACUUUGGAGCAGCUUUGCCUGCAAAAGGAAUUGUUCCUCAUUUAGCAAGCAUUUUAUACAAAUUUACCUUACUCGUCGUAACAUCACCGGAUUGAUCUUCGCUGGAAGGACCUCUUCAUCACCCUUUCACUAAGUGUCAUCCAAGUCUACAUUCUACAGCAUUUUACCAAUGAUAAUCAAUAUUGGAUUCAUAUAUAAAGUUAUUCAUUCGCCAGGACUCCUGUUGGAAUUGUGAUAUAACAAGCUUGGUUAUUUCGCAAUCAGCUAGCGUGCAGUCCAAUGCAUGUCAUACAUGGCCUCCCGCAGUCGGAUCUUAAUUAAAGCCGAAUAAAACACCUCCCCACGAAACCACCUCCCUUAUUGUUAACAAUUACAAAAGCAAGGCCGAAGCCGCGCAAUCUCCAGCACCACAUGCAGAUACAUUUGGGCAUGUAGAUGUAUCUGUAGGAUGCAUCUGUGGUGCUAUUCAAACUUAUUGGAGCGCUUCCUUUUGAUGGCGUUCUGGUUGACUCUUCAAUGGCCAAACACUUUUUAGUUGAAUGAAGCUAGUGAAUGCAUAUAUUUUGCGAUGCAUACUCGUAUAAAAAAUGCCACGAUGAUUCAUUCUCUGCCCCUAUUUAUUUUGGUGUUAAUUAACGCAGUGCAGAAUGGCAUUCAUUGAUAAAAAUGCACAACGAUUUUUGUUCUUACAUACAAACUGACUGCACGCAUACACAUAUUUGCUAUUGCAGUAAAUAAAAUACCAAUUUAAAUUGAAACUUUAUAUUAUUAAUAAAUCGAUUAAAAUGGAAAA